AUGAUGAUAUAUGUCGUCUUCGCAGUACCGCUGGUAAUAGGGAAACCACUGCUGAAUAUUGUACAAAUAAUUGGUUCCUUUGCGGCAAGGGCAACAAAGACCAUCUUCAAACUUCACAUGGCAAUUUUCCGCUGUUUGCUCACACUACCGAAACGCCGACGUAAUCGUCGCAUGUGGGCAGAGAUAGCAGUCGCCGUCUCCGUCAUAGCCGUAUUAACACAAGGAUGCCAAGAAGUUGAUGUACUCCACCAGCAUACCGAAAUAUGCAGGAUCACAAGCAAAAAGGACGCGUGUACAAUCGACACAACGGAAGUCGUGAAAAUUAAUCCUUUUAGUAGAGAAGCAUGCUUGAGACUAACAGCAAACGAUUCAACGGUCACAGAGCUUCGUCUUCUCUGGCAACAACUCCAACUAAUUUGUGAGAAGGAAACCACCAAAAAAACGCGAUGCACAACAUAUGGGCUACUAUUAGAUAGCAAACAGUGCUCACGGGUCGGAUCUUGCAAGGACGAGAAAUGCGCAUCGGUGAAACGAUCUUCUCUUCUGAGGGAAUUAGAACGAGCCAACCAGUAUCCAGGUGUUACGGGAUGCACAGAAAGCUGCGAGGGACUAGGAUGCGACUGUUUCUAA